CUUAUUGCGACAGUUUCAAUUCCCAAUAAAGUAUAUGCAACGUUAAAUAUGAUAACUGAACGAACAUUGUUACUGGCUCAAUCGCCAAAUCCUCGAAAUUUUACAAAAGGAUUAUCAGUGGUUUUGGCUGCUGUUUGCAUCGUCGAUGUGUUUGGCGUGUUUCCAAUAAUUUCAUUACCGAAGAGCAUUAUUGAUUGCGGAUAUUAUGGUAUUGCUGUGGUCAUCUCAAUUUGCAGUAUGCAAAUUUACACCGCAAUUUUACUGGGAAAAUGCUGGUUAAUUGCGGAACGAAUAGAUCCGGAGAUUCAUAGUAAAAAUCGCUACCCGUAUUCCGCUUUAGCCGAUUUGGCUUUUGGACCUAGCUUUAGAAAAUUUGUUACGUUUCUGGUAGAUAUAACAAUCUUCGGUGGCGGAAUUCCUAAUUUGAUAGUUGCAUCGCAGAAUCUGCAAUUGUUGGGGCUAAGAUUAUCAGAAAAUUCGUUUGAUUUAUCCUCUUGCUAUUGGAUUAUCAUCCUCGGUCUAAUAUUGUGCCCGUUGCUAUGGAUGGGAAGUCCUAAAGAUAUGAAAUUAAUAUGCACUAUAUCAGUAUGCAUGGUGACAGCAGUAUUCUUAUUAGUUUUGGGUUGCAUUUUAUUCGAUUUCGAUGGAAAACAGCCCAAAACUGAUCAAGCAACAAUGGAUGAAACAAUUUCAUUUAAACGUAUCAUCGCAGCGUAUGGGAUUUUAGCUUUUCAAUUCGAUAUUCAUCCAUCGAUUCUCACGAUACAACUGGACAUGAAGAAUAAAUCGAAGAUUACUUCAGCAGUGAUUUUAGGAUUUGGAAUUUCAGUCGGAAUGUUUUCAUUGACUGUUAUUAGCUGCGCUUUUCGUUAUGGAAAUUCCACGCAAAGAAGUUUAUUAGGAACACUGCCUUCAUCAAUAUUCUUACAUGUUGCAGCGUUACUUGUGGCCAUUCAACUUUGUCUAACGUCGGCGGUAAGCAACAAUGCUUUGUAUCAACAUAUGGAAGAUUGUUUGGGAAUUGCUAGAGAUUUUAACCAUCGCCGUUGUUUGUUGAGGACUUCCCUAUGUUUGUUAGCAAUAUUUUUGGCGGAAGCAGUUCCUAGAUUGGACAUAGCCAUGUCUUUGAUUGGGGGAACAUUGGUGGGACCUCUGGUAUUCAUUAUACCUCCUCUAAUUUAUUUAAAGAUAACUGCAAUGAAGAGAGAUUUAAAAAAGGAUGUACAGCUGCAACAGAUGUAUCAAGCUACAAGAACGGAAUUGGCAAAGGAUAAAGAAUCUGAAGGAAAAACAGAAAGUCAAUCAAAAACCGAAUUAUUUUUAUGUAUUUUUAUUAUGUUAUUCGGAUUUGUCAGCACCUUCGGUACGAGUUAUAUAAAUAUAAUAAACACAAUCGAUUACGCAAGAUUCACUGAGCCUUGCUUAUAUAAUUUAACACUUAAUUAAUAUUGAUUCAGUUCUCGUUAA